AAAAAUGAAGCUGAAAUGAGAGACAUUAGUGAAGAUUUCAAGAAGUAUCCAGGAGUUAUUGGAGCAGUAGAUGGUACCCACAUAUUUGUAAAGGUUGAAAAAAGUCAACAAGAUGGCUACAUAGACGGCUAUAGAAGAACAUCUAUAAAUCUCAUACCAAUAUGUGAUUCUAACACUUUAUUCACCUAUCUGUUUUUAGGAUACCCUGGAUCUGCUCAUGACUCACGGGUUUUUGAAAAUUCAAUUAUGUGCAAAGACAUUGAGAGACAUGGGCCAAACUUCUACUUUUUGGAUACUCAGUAAUAUCACCUAAUUGGUGAUAGUGCAUUUGCAUUAAGAACUUGGCUUAUUACUCCUUACCGAGGCGGCAAUGUGACCAGAAAGCAAAAAUUUCACAAUUACUGUCUUAGUUCCGACAGAGUAAAAAUUGAACAUUGUUUUGGGGCAUAUAAGGGUAGGUGGAGAAGGGUGCAAUAUAUAAAUACCUAUAACAUUUGAAAAGCAGUGGAGAUUGCAACAGCUGCAUGUGUUUUACACAAUUUUUGCAUUUUGCAUAAAGACACCUGGAGUAACGAUUUUUUUGGAAUUGACCUGGACAGAAAUAUAAAUCAGGCUGAACUAAAAGAUAGGGGUAACAUAGAAGCAAAGCGGAAAAGAAAUAGAAUUGCAGACACUUUAUUCUUAUGCUGAUAUAACAUAGAAUAAUAUUAUUGUACCAUGUUUCAAUUUAAAUUGAAUAAAAAACAC